CUUAAAAUAAGCACUUCUCAACUUUUAACUUCAAAAAGCUAAAAGAAGUGUUUGUCAAACCCUACUUCUAAUUAGAAAAAAGCACUUUAAAGCCAAAAGAUGGAAGCUAGUAUAUACCAACUUCUAAAUGCUUCUAGCUAUUCUUGUAAAUAACACAAUUUUUUUGGAUAAUUAUAAUACCCCAAAAUCCAUCUAAUCCCAAAAAUACCCUGAAAUGAUAACAACAACCCAUGCCAUCUUCCCCUCUUCGGUUCGUCGUUCCAGCUCUUCUUCCCUGUCGGUUGAACUUAAAUGUCCAGAUGCAAAUUUUUGAUAACCUGGACAUGUGAGUAGAAAUAAAAAAUCAUUUGAACUUAAAAAUCAUGUGAUUAUUGCAAUUAGCCAAUUAGCCAAUACGGAGUAUAAUUGGACGCUGCUCAUGAAACAUUCAACACUCCACAAAGAUCCUUCGUAUGUACUCAUCGUCGAUUUUUGGAAUAGAAGAGAAGAGAAUAGAAAAGAACAGAAGAGAAGAAUUGUGAUUUUAACCCUAGCUAGCUCUUCGAACACAGGGAGGAAAGAAAGGUCUAAGAAAGAGGAGCAGCAAUAAGUAUUUAAUAAUGGAAGGGUAAUUUUGUAUUUCUACAAUUUACUUCAAAAAAUCACAUUAUUAUCAAACACUCCAACUUUUACAUUUUAAUUAAAAUCACUUCUAUUUCCAAACAAUAUCUACUUUAAUUGUAAAUCACAUUUUCAAUAAUCUCUUAAAAAAAUUACGCCCAAACACUCCCUUGCGCUCCCUCGUUACGGUUCGGAUUGUAUUUGCCUCACUCUUCCGACCACAUUCAUUCUUCAAAGGAAAUCCAAUGAACACCAUAAAUAGCUGAGAUUAUGAGAUACGGACUACAUAUGUAGCUAACACAUAAGCUAUAUAUACUCGCAACUGUGUUUCUACUUUCUAUCUAUCAUCAAAAGGCCAUGACAGCUCCAAAAGUUGAGAAAUCCGAGGAUGAAUGGAGGGCCGUUCUCUCUCCCGAACAGUUUCGGGUCCUUCGACAAAAGGGCACAGAAUUGCGUGGCACCGGGGAAUAUGACAAGUUUUAUGGGGAAGGAAUCUACAAUUGUGGUGGUUGUGGGACCCCACUCUAUAAAUCUACAACCAAGUUCGACUCUGGUUGUGGUUGGCCUGCCUUUUAUGAAGGUUUCCCUGGGGCAAUUACCCGCUCAUCGUGUGUCAGCCUGACCCUGAUGGAAGGAGGACUGAGAUCACCUGCACUGCUUGUGGUGGACACCUAGGCCAUGUUUUCAAAGGUGAAGGGUACAAAACACCUACAGACGAACGCCACUGUGUGAACAGUGUCUCAAUCAAGUUUGCUCCUGCAAAUAUUUCAGAACCCUGAAGUUGGAGCUGAUCAUAGCCAAAAAACAUAUUCCUUGCUACUCUGAACAUUGGUGGUGUUGUGAAAACUUUCAUGUUGUUUGUUGUUGUUUUAAAGACUACUACUAUCAGUGUAUAUGCUCUUAUAAAGUGAUGUGAGUUGGAUUGUUUACUAUGAUGAUGUUAUUAUAUAUGAUUAAUUCCCUGGUGCCGUCUUCUAAAUAUUCUGCCUUUUAUUUACUAUAGAACUCCAAGUUAGUCUUAGAAGUGUUUAGGGUUAUUCGGUAAUUUACUAGAACUGUCAUUGACUAUGUUAUACCUCCC